AUGUUUGAUAUCACAAUAGUUAGUCAUACGUUAGUAACAGCAUCAACACCCUAUGUACUAUAUUGUAUAUCAAUUCAAGUGGAUGAUCUCAAUGCUCAGUGGUCCGUAGAAAGACGUUAUUCUCAACUCAGAGAUCUACACACCGAGCUGGCAAAUUACUUUCAGAAUUUACCUGAUUUUCCUCCAAAGUAUUGGAAAGGAAAUUUGAAAGAACAAAAGAUCUCUGAACGACAAACUCUUCUCAAUCAAUACUUUAAAACACUCACACGUAGAGAUGAUAUUUUCAAGGCAGGACUCGUUCCAUUAUUUGUACUUCAAUUCUUUUCGGCUCCUGCGCCAGUGAAAGAACUCUAUGUCAAUCCAUCACUUACACUUCGUAAGAGUAGUGAGAAAUUAAUUCAGACUUUAAAUGAUGAUGUAUCUCCAUCAGGUAUGAGUGAUAAUAGCCCAAGUGCCAGCUCCAAAAGAAGAUCUGGAAGCUCGUACGACAUUGAAGCUGAGAAACCAAUCAAUGAAUGGACGGUCGACGAAGUUGCUUCAUGGAUUCUUCAGCUUAACCAAGUCUAUAACAACAACAACAAUAUGAUCCAAUCAAAAUUUACUGAAGUUUUGAAAUCAGAGUCCAUAGAUGGAAGCGUACUAAUUUAUUUAACAACAAGGGACAUGAUCAAGAUGGGUACAAGAAUUAGUGUUUCUGCAUCAACAGGUCAACUCAAUUCUGUUGUUUCCGAUGCUUUUGCCAGUAUUAUUAUCGAGAAUAUUCUUCGAGUGAAAGAGGCUCAAAAAGAAUCAGGUCUCUAUAAAAUUGGUAAUAGAGAUGAUAUGGGUGAUACGGAUGAUGAUUUUGAUGAGCAAUCAGAACAUCCUGAAUCAUCCACAUUUAUGACAACGACGACAACUACUACAGCCAUGAACACUGACUAUGAUGAUGAUGAUGAUGAUUUGAAACAAGACCUUAUUGGAACUGUUGUACCUAGUGCCACCUCAAGAUCUGACAAUCACAUGCAUUCCAUUAGCUCAUCGGGACAAAGCUCCUUCUCUGGACGUAUUUGUCCUGAAUUUAAUUUAGAUACAGAAUUAACAAAGGAAGAGCAAGAAAGCUACAAUUAUUGUAUGAAAAAAAUCAUGAACCUUAAAGAUCCAGUUCCAGAAAGUAUCAGGAGGCGAUUGUGUCAGGAUUUGGUUAUUCCUCAACGCUUCAAAUUCAAAUACUUGAAUCCUAACUCCAUUCCUCAAGAAGUAUUAAUGAUGAACAGUCGUAGAAAGGAAGGACCAUACCUUAAAAUCAAGCUUAUUAUCACCGAGCUAGGUGAAGGAUUUACUCAUCGUACUAUUCGGAGAUUAGGCUCACUCGUUGGCCAUAAUGAAAUCAAGAGUUCUGAAUUUGGUCUUUUCCAUAGUUCAUUAAUUAUUGGCCCUGUUCAAUUAGAAUGGACUGAUAACUCAAUCGUCGUUCCAAGAAAAGAAAAGAGCAGUUCAAAGGCAGUUUUCGCAGUGGAUGUCUGUAAAAUUAGAGGUCAAGAGAAUUUGAAUGAUAUUUAUGACAAGUUAGCACAUUUUUGUACAUUUUGGAAUGGACAUCGAUUGUAUGUUCAAAAAGAUACAAAUUGUCAACACUUUGUUGUGGAACUUCUCAAAGCAAUUGGCGUUUAUAAUCAAUUCAAGAAGAACAUUGAAUCCACAAUUUUAGGGAAAUAUUUGAACAAGUUGAAAGAGUUUGGUACUUGUGAAAUGAGUUACAUAAUACCAGAACAUUUGGCUCAACGUAUUUUAAAGGAAUGUAAAGAUGAAAUUUCGAGCUCACUCAAGCAAUUACUGCAAACCUCGCUAAAAGGAAAAGAAAUUGUUUUUAAUUCUCACUCAGUCCUUGACGAAUAUUAUGAGACGGUUUUGAAGGUAGAACCAACAUACUUUGAUCUUGGUGAUCACAAGAAGGAAGAAGAAUUGCUCAAAGCCUAUGACCGUGCGUUUUGGUUGAGACGUCAAUCUUCCAAACUUUCCAAUGAUCCUCGAGUGAAGCCUCUUCGUGAUCCAUGCCCUUUUGACACAAACGGCGGAGCGAACACUGUGAAAGAGGGUGCCUUUUAUCUGGGCGAUUAUGCUCCUGAAUAUCCUGUUCCAAGUACUGUGUUAAAUCAACUCAAACAACAGCAACGAAGGAAUAAAUAG